AUGCUGGCGAGAUUUGUAAUUUUGACGGAGCAUCAGCCCAUACUCUCUGAGAAGCUGCGGUCUUAUGACACGGCAGAUGCCAAGGGACGCAAGACUCUGGUUCAGAGCUUGCACCAGAAGCUGAAGACACAGUUUGUCGACACGUCAAAUUAUGAUGACAUCAUUGUGGAAACUUGGCUCAAUAACCACGCCCGCCAUGCACAGGAGAAAGCGACGAAAAAGCGUAUGCAUGUUUCUGGCAAGCCCAAUGCCUUCAAGGUGUGGGAUGCGCUGGAGAGGGACAAGGUGACUGAGGCCGCGCGAGCACUCACGGCAGAUAAGGGUUGCAAUGUCUCCAAGGUGUGGAGAGUCGCACGAAGUGCCAAAUGGGCAAAACUGUCCGAGGAGGAGCAGAAGGUGUAUGAGGAAAAGGCGGAAAGUUGGCGCAAUGGCACUCUGGAUGAUAAGAUGAAAAUGAAGCUGAGGGAGCAGCGAAUGAUGCAAUAUCUGAAGAAGUUUGCCAAGACUAUGUGGGACACCAUGGGCAUUCGCAUGGCAUUCAUGCUAGCAUAUCCGAAGGAAGCGGGGAGUCUGAAGGUAGAGAUGGUGGAGGUCAACCACGCCAUCACCAAUGGAACUCCAUUCGGGGCCUAUCCUGGGUGGCUGCGUGCUUACCAGCCUCUAGCAAAGGUGUUCUCUGAGUGGGCCAAAGGCGAAUACGGUGUGACUGAGACUACGGUGACGGUGAAGAAGACACCUGCCGAUUGCAUGCGGGCCAUGGACAAGAUUCGGUUGACGGCCAACGGUUUUCCUCUGCUCCCCUCGGUGCCUGAAGGUAUGGUGGAAGCGCCUCUCAAGGUGAUGAAGGUACAAGUUCGAGACUUCAUGAAUCAUCACUACGCAUUGGCGAAGGGUGUUCGGAACUGCAAGUCGCCAUGGACGAAGCUGAACAGCAUAGACAACAUCAAUGAGGUUAUUCCAGCAGAGAUGCUACCUGAGAACUUCCAGUGGAUCGAUCCCUCAAAGAUGACAAGUGUUCCCAUUCGUGCCCUCCUCGACCACUGGCGGGCAUGCCAAGAGGAGCAUGGACCUGAGCAGACCAUGCGAUUCACCCAGUACUUCGACAAGGAUGGCGAAGCUGCUCCCGCCAAGUAUGAUCCUCUUCCACCACUUGACGGAUCAGCACAGGCAUUAGAAGAAGGAUCUGAACAUGAGGUCCAAGAAGCACUCACACCUAAGAAGGCGGGGAAGGUGAAGAAGAAGGGUAAACCUGUGCGCAAGGUCACGGGAAAGGCGGCAUCGAAAGCGACAAAGGGCAAGGCGGCCCCUGGCGGAGCCAAAGGCGGUGGGCAUAAACGCAAGACGAAAGAUGCAUACGACUCGGAAGAUGAUGCCAGAAGCAGCCAAGACUCUGAUCGGAGUUCGCCAGAUAUACCCAGCAUGGCUUCCGAAGAAGAUACGGCCAGCGAUGAAGAUUCAGGGGAUGGCGAGAGCGUGAUUGCGAAUAAAGUGAAGGGCAAGGCAGUCGCCACCACCAAUGGACGUAAGGCUAACAAUGGCGGUGCACCUCAAGCGAGUGGUAGCGGCGGUGCCAAGAUGAAGGCAAAGCGAGGUCUCCAAGACCUUCCUCUGGGCGAACUGCACAGAUUUGACACAGAGGAGACCGAUGAAGCAUCGAGUGAACUGGAGCCCAGUACAAAGGAGCUCAGGCUUGAGCUUCAAGGCCGAGCCCCACGUCUCACUGGCGGGAGUACUGUGGGGAGUACUGUGCCCCACCUCGUGAAAAGGAGAGACGUGUUUCUCGCCACCCUUUCCGUCGAACCGCGAUACCAGGAUAUGCUGAAGGAAGUCAAGAUUGCGACUGUGGUGAGCUCCUCUCGUGGGGAUUCAUAG